UUCCAAUUCAUUUUAAUUCAAAAGAACAAGAUCUAACACCUUUACAAAUUACAAUAUUCUAGAAACCAAAACAUAACCGUACCACUCACAUCAAAACAAAACAAACGUAGGUAAACCAAAAAAUCUCAUACUAUAAAAUAUACUUGGAAUUUUGAGUCAUUAAAAGAUGAGCAAGAUGAAGUACCCCAAAUAUUGAGCUAAAGCCUAAAGGAAAUCAACUGCCUGCAAAUUAAAACUAGGCUUUGGUCCCCAACUUGGAUAACACUUAACCACCCUUUCAAGUUUCAACUAUACUACCUUACAAAUAUACCACCUCUUCUUCCCUCCUUUUUUGGCCUUUCUUAUUCCUCUCUACUCCCUUUGCUUAUCCAUUUCAAUUCUCUCCUCCAAUCAGUAGAUUUCUCUCUCCUUAUACAAGCUAUGCUGCACCGGAAAUUGUUAGAGAUGGCGGUGGCGGCACCGACAACGACAGAUAUUAACAAGACAACCCCGUCGGCGGCUAUGGAUAGUCAGUUGACUCAAGCAAACUUUGAUACCAACAUGGUCAUUAUCUUGGCUGCUUUAUUGUGUGCUUUGAUAUGUGCCUUAGGGUUGAACUCCAUGGUACGGUGUUUCUUGAGGUGUGGGCCGCGGUUCGGGAUGGAGACGGCUGAGCAAGCAGCCGCAAGGAUGUCGGCCACCGGCCUUAAGAAAAGCGCGUUAAAGAAAAUACCGGUCGCUGUCUAUGGAGCAGACGGUAAUAAAGGGUUACACACGGGUACCGAUCCAAGCGAUGAAGCAGAGUGCCCCAUUUGUCUAGGGGAGUUUGUUGAUGGGGAGAAAGUGAGGGUGCUACCUAUGUGCAACCAUAGGUUCCACGUAUCGUGUAUUGACACGUGGCUCAGUUCCCACUCGUCGUGCCCCAACUGCCGCCACUCACUAUUAGAGACUAUUGCUUCGUCGUCUAAGACGGUGGUGGCAGGAGGGGAGGGAAUAAUAGGUGGCGGUAGUGAUUUACCGCCGCCACAUGACGGUGGCGAUAACAGUGCUAGACAAGAGCAUGUGGUGGUUGAGGUGAGUGUAGGGAGUUAGUAAUUUUAGAUUUGUGUAUUAUUGGUGGGAAAUCAGAAAAUGUAGUGGUCCUGUAAAAAGAAAGUUAGAUUUGUUAUGUAAUACAAAAAGAGAGAGUAGCUUAGCUAAGAUAGCUGAGUCAAAUACCCCCUCAAAAAAAAAAAAAAGAUAGCUGAGCCAAAUUGCUCAAUUACACCUUAUUAUCUUUUUUUGUUCAGAGUUUGAUGAGAUCCCGUUUUGGAAGGUACAACCAUUUUCCUUCCUUCCACCUCCGAAUUCAUUUAGUGUGCAAUUACCUUUUGUUUUCUAUUUUACUCAAAUAAUAGUUUAGAUAUUAGCUUAAAUAUUUAGGAUAUAUACUUCCACUGUUCUUAUUUAUAUGAUACAGUGGGAUCAUGAAAAUUAUUCAUACAAACUCCUUGACUUCA